AUGAAACACAACAACAACGUCAGACUUCUCGCCGUCCUCGCAGACCCUGAAUCAGACGAGAAGAGCGAGUAUCGCUUCCUCGUCGACGGCGCUCACGUAAGAUACGUCACACUGGACGGGGGUCUCAUAGACCCUGAACAUCGCACAUACGAACCAAAACUCCUCCCUCAACUCCCUGUAUUCCCACCCGGAGACUGGAACGAGGGCCGUGUCGGAAAGGACGGGCAUACAGGGAAGCCUUUCUUCUGCGAGACGAGAAGAAGCAGUCUACCUGGCAUUGGAAAUGUCUGGCAUGAUGUUAUGAUAGAUCAUCUCGAGCUCCGCCAGAUCGAGCGUGUGCGUCAAACGCUCUAUCGUGUAUCGCAUCCUGCUUUCAGUACACCAGUACUCGCAAAGUUUGCGCAGUUUCCAUGGGAGAUUCCUUACUUCGCUGCUGAGACAACGUCGUACGAAUGGAUUCACGGCCAAGGCAUCGGUCCUGAGUUUCUCGGCCAUAUUCACGAGAACGGGCGAGUCAUUGGUUUCCUCCUCGAAGAGAUUCAUAAUGCUCGGACUGCAGAACCUGAAGAUCUCGCCACAUGCCAGCGAAGUCUGCAGAAGCUGCAUGAUCUAGGCAUCGUACAUGGCGAUAUCAACAAGCACAAUUUCCUCAUCAGACAGGAUGGUGACGCUGUUCUCAUCGACUUCGAGACAGCUUACAAGUGCACAGAUCCAGAUAUACUAGAUGAAGAGUAUCGGCAUGUCAAAGAGAGUCUGGAAGAUACAUCAGGGCGUGGAGGUGCAGGCAUGGCGAGCGAUUCAAGUUCAGAUUGA